AUGUCCAACACGCACAGCCUCCUGCAAAGUGCCGCCAACUAUGGACCUGAAUCUCCUCCGUCCAUUUGCAUCACAACUGCCAAGGACAGGAUUUUGAUCAACUGCCCUGAGGGCACGCAGGGUGACGUUUCGCAGCGAUUGAUGACUGAGAACAAGUUGAAACUAACAAACAAGGCGAGCUCUUUUUUCUUCACACAGAACAACUGGGAGUACAUCACGGGGAUCACAGAUUGUCUCCUCAAGAUGUCAGAGGAGGGGCAGACACAGCUCAACCUCACGGGGGCCGUCCUUUACAUCGUGUUGAACCAGUCACGUUACCUGAGGUUGGAGAUGUUCAUCCAAGAUUCAGCAGCUUUCAAACAGAGGAUGGAACGAAGAUAUCACCUUCAAUUCCCCGAUCUGCCUGGAAAGUUCGAUGUCAAGAAAGCAGAAGAGCUGAAAGUCCCCAAGGGUCCGAUGAGAGGAAAACUAGUCAAAGGAGAAACGAUUGUGCUUGAAGAUGGAAGAAAAAUUUCACCGAGCGACUGUGUUGGUCCAGGUGCACCAGGCGGUUUAGUGUGCGUGAUUGACUGUCCAUCCAGUCUUCAUGUCAAGAGUUUGCAAGAAGAAAACGUUCUCAACAGAAUGAUCUACUUCGUUCACAUGUCGCCCGAUGAAGUUCUUGAAUCAGAGGAGUAUGCUCAGUUUACCUCCAAGAUUCCAUCAUGCCUCAACAUUACUCAUGUGAUUCACGAUAACAAUAACGAGGAGGUGGUGGUAGUGAUGGUGGAGGGUCGUCAACUCAGACGUUCAAACUCAAAGACCUAUCUACGUUGCGUCCGAAAGAUAUCUCAAGCUGCUAUCUUGGGUAAUUUCCAUCACGUCGACAAACUUGGUCUCACUCUGUUGAAGGUGGAUGAGAAGUUCUUUGCUCCUUCAGCCUGCCAGUACCCGAGCUUGUUGUCGUUCGGGCCCGAGAAGAGUGGGAACAUACCAAGGAGAGAGUAUGAUAGAAUGAAGAAUAUUCGUGCAACUUGCGGAUGGCCAAUGCAAGUUUUCAUCCUUCCACCACACAAACAAACAGGGUUGAAAGAUAGCAUACCGGAGACGUCAAUGAUGCAUUAUUAUUGCCUUAAGGGUUGUAUUUGUAAUGAGGAGGAGAGGGGAAAACUUUACAAACCAUUCGAGGAGAGGAAGGCACAGAUGAUGGAGAACGAAAAGACAUCAGAAACAUCUCCAAACAUCAAGAUAUUGUUCUUGGGCACAGGAGCAUCAGCUCCUUUCAAGUACAGGACUGUCAGCAGCAUUCUCGUCGAAUUGGAAGAUGGGAGCGGUGUGCUUCUGGAUGCAGGGGAUGGGACAUACAGCGCUAUGGUAAGGAAGAUGGGGCAGCAGAAAGCAGAGGACAUCUUGAAGAAGCUGAAGAUGAUUUGUGUCUCGCACAAACAUGCAGAUCACAUCUCCGGGGUUGCAAGGAUCUUGUUGAAGAGGCAAGGGCUGAUGCAAGUGAAAGCAGAAGAAAGCAGACUGAGUUCUGAUUGCACGUGGGAAUGUUCCGUCUGCGGAAAGAGAUUCACCUCUCGAUCGUCCAUAGAGCUGCAUCAGAAAGCUGUUCAUCCAAGGAAUAUCCGUGAGCCGAAGAAGGUAGAGCAAGACAACGAGCGAUAUUCUUCUCCUCAAGAUCUUCUUGUCAUUGGGCCGAUGUGGCUAGAGGCCUGGUUACAGGAUCUCAGCCGGCUCGAGAACAUACCUUUCACGUACAUUGCUCUGACUUCGAUUCUCUCACACUAA